AGCAGUAGCUAUACACAAAAACUCAUCACUGGUAGCCUCAGUAAAAGAAUUGUUCAGCAUUAGUUCUAUACAGCAAGUCAAGACAAGAUGGAUUCCUGUUCUUAUUUUAAGCUGAUAGGAUGCUUCAUUCUUAUUAGCAUUGCUACUGCACAGGAAACACAAAAAGCAUGUUGCCUUCCUCGUAAUUGUAAGGAAGCAUAUGAAAAGGGUAAAGUAUGCAGUGGAGUAUAUACCGUGAAACCUGAUGAACUGCCAGCCUUUGACGUUUAUUGUGAUAUGAGUAAUGGGGGUGGCUGGACUGUAUUUCAAAGGAGAAUGGAUGGUUCUGUUAACUUCUACCUCAACUGGGCUGACUAUGAAAAAGGAUUUGGUGACCUCAAAGGAGAGUUCUGGCUGGGACUUAACAAAAUAAAUCGACUUACAGCAGGACAAAGCACUAGGCUUCGUGUUGACAUGGCAGAUUUUAAUGGGAAUAAGAGGUUUGCUACAUAUUCUAAAUUUAAUGUAGGGAAUGCAGUUACAAAGUACAAACUGACUGUGUCUGGAUAUAAAGGCAAUGCUGGAGAUAGUCUGAGCGCUCAUAAUGGAAUGAAGUUCUCUACCAAGAAUCAAGACAAUGAUGCCGCCUCAGGAAACUGUGCAAUAGUUUAUAAAGGAGCAUGGUGGUAUAGAGCAUGUCAUGCUUCAAACCUCAAUGGCCUCUAUUUGGUUGGCCAUCACUCCUCAUAUGCUAAUGGUGUCAAUUGGUAUCAUUUCAAGGGACACUAUUAUUCUCUGAAGACAACUGAAAUGAAACUUAGAAGCAGUUAAACAGUCAGUGUCUACUGGAGAACUAACAGUUCAUUGUUGCUAGUGUAGUUGAGUCCAUUUAUAUUUACUUUUUGCUACAAAUAUUGAAUUGAUUUCAA